UUUGUAUCUCAAUAAUUUCGAGUCGCCGAGUCACGGCUGAGAUGGCGCUAUAGCUAAAAGCGGCAAAAUGAAACUGAAUUGCGGUAGCUGAGUGUAGACCCUCGGCCUAGAUCAUCUAAGAAAAAGGGAUGAAUGAAAUUGCAAUUCGUGGCAAUGGAGACGAUUUGCAAUCAUUGGCAGUACUUCAACAAAGUCAGUAAUCAUUGAGUCAGAGAGGGGUGGUGCUGUAGUUAGUUGGAGUAGCUGAUGAAAACAUCGCUUUAAGUUUCCAAACAAACGCCAGCUCUCAGAAGAACUUGAUGACAGAUUCCAAUCAGAUACCAAGCACAAUGUCUCUUCCGGAUAACAAAGACGCAGAACCCCAAGAUGUCCUUUCAGAAACUAUCAACAAAUACUUGGCAGCAGAAUCAGAAAAGCAGAAAGUAGAGAGAUUGCCAUUGUUGGCAGACUCAGAAAAGCAAAAAUUAGAGAGAUCGCCAGUGUUGGUAGACUCGGAGAGAGAUGCAGCAGACACUGCUGGGAAGAGCGAACCUGAUGUUGCGGAAAAGAGGCAUGAUAGUGAAGGGGAAACAAUCAACAGAAAGUCAGCAGCAGAAUCAGAAAAGCAGAAGGUAGAGAGAUUGCCAGUGUUAGCAGACUCAGAAAAGCAGAAAUUAGAGAGAUCGCCAGUGUUGGCAGACUCGGAGAAAGAUGCAGCAGACACUGCUGGGAAGAGCGAACCGGAUGUGGCGGAAAAGAGGCAGGAUUGCGAAGCAGAUGAGAUCGCCAUGGUAACGGCAAUGGAGCCGGCAGACAUUGGGAUGGAUGCAGUGUGGGAGGAUACAGACAUGGAAGCAGAAAAUAGUCAAAGCUUCAACUUUUCUGAGGAGCCUGUUCUGAUUGCAAAGAUGUCUGCAGAGUUCAAUACGGUGAAAGGCAACUUCCUCAAAGGAUGCAAAUGGUCUCCAGAUGGGCUGUGCAUAUUGACCAACAGCGAGGACCAAACCUUGCGGCUGUUUAACAUUCCACCUCAAGCAUACGGGCACCGCAUCAGCACAGAGACGGAUGAUGAGAGUGCGGACCAAGAGAGGGAGCCAGAGUCUGUCCUACAGAUCCAUGAGGGAGAGCUUAUCUAUGACUACUGCUGGUAUCCAAAGAUGGACUCUUAUCUGCCAGAAACAUGCUGUUUGGCCAGCACAAGUCGAGACCAUCCCAUUCAUUUAUGGGAUGCAUUCACUGGCAAGCUCAGAGGGACUUACAAGCCUAUUAAUUCAGUGGAUGAGCUCUCCACCCCACAUUCGCUCUGCUUCUCAAAGAACGGACGACGUAUCUUCUGUGGUUUUAACAAGACUAUCAGAAUUUUCUACACAGACAGGCCAGGCUCACAGUGUGAGGUCGUUCCCACCAAAAAGAAGAGUAUGAAUGGACAGACUGGAAUCAUUUCUUGCUUUGCCAUGGCUCCUGAACUCAAGAUGUAUGCAGCAGGCUCUUACUCAAAAUCUGUUGGUCUGUAUACAAACGACAACAACAACCUGGUGUGCCUUCUUGAGGGACAGAGUGGUGGAGUAACCCAUCUCAUGUUCUCUUCAGACAUGAAUAGACUCUACAGUGGAGGGAGAAAGGAUAAGGAGAUUCUAUGUUGGGACGUCCGUAACCCUGGGAAGGUGCUCAACAGUGCUCUAAGAGAGGUAUCUACACAUCAGAGGGUCUACUUUGAUAUAGACAGCAAUGGGCAAUACCUUGUAUCAGGCAACCAGAACGGAACCGUAAGCGUAUGGGACACGUCUCAGCCACCCGCCUCAUCCAUGGACGACUGUAACUCAGACCCAGUCCUUCUCUCUUCCUACAACUACAAGACUCACAGUGACUGUGUCAAUGGCAUCAGUCUUCAUCCCCAUCUGCCUGUCAUGGCGACCGCAUCCGGUCAGCGGAGGCUGGAGAAUCCUUGGAGGAGCUUGGCCGGUGGUAGUGAUGGAGACGACAGUGACGAGGAGAUGGACCCAGUACAGCCAAGUGACCAUUCACUCAAGCUCUGGUCACUCCGCCCGAGGAAAUCUGUCAGAUGAUAUUCGGCCGUCAUUCCAUAGCUGAAUACUGUUACACUGAGCAGCGUCAGCCAGCCCGGAGAGGAGGUGACGUAGACCACCGUGACAUGCUGCAUUUCAUUCUCUCUGCCUCUCCUUACCCGGGAGAAGAAUCACCCAGAUUGAACAGGCCAGGGCAGGUCAAGGCACUCGUACAACACGCACUGUCCUUUUUGCGUGUUUGAAAAAGUACAUCGCGCAACUUUUGGCAUUUUAUCCGGUUACGCUGAGCUAUGUCAGCCAGACCGGACAGGACGUGACGGAGACCACCGUGACAAGCUGCAUUUUAUCCUCUCUGCUUCUCUUCAUCCGUGAAAAGAAUAACAUGGAUUGAACAGGGCAGGGCAGCUCAAGGCACUCUCUCAAGACACACUGCCCAUCAUGACAUGCUGCAUUUUGUCAUCUCUGCUUUUUCCUCAUCCUGGAGAAGAAUUAACUGGAUUGAAGGCUCAACGCACUCUCACAAGACGCACUGUCCUUUUUGCGUGUUUGAAGAAGUACAUCGCACAAAUUUGGGCAUUUAAUCUACCAUGUUUCUCCACAUCAGGGUGAAGAAUUACUGGGAAUUGAACGGGCGUAGGCAGCUGAAGACACUGUCACAAGAAACACUGUGCAUCGAGCAGCUUUGGGCAUUUUAUCCACCAUGUUUCUUCAUAUCCGGGAGAGGAGUUCAAAGAACCAAAUGGAUAGAACAGGACAACUGAGGGUGUUUUUACAAGACGCACUGUCCAUAUUGCCUAUAGAUACUCUGGCUCUUUAUUCACCAUGACUCUGUAUACAAAAGAGAUGGAGAAUCAAUGACAGUGAGAGUGGAUUGAGAAGGGGAAUCUCAUGCAUUCUUACAAGUCUUUUUUUUUUCUUCACAAUUUUGCCACUUUGAACUCAGGAGCUGAAAAAGGAAUAUAUCUAUUAUGUUUCUUCAUACCCAUGAAAUGAAGAACUAGGUGGAUAAAACACAACUAAACGCAUUCUUCAAAGACAUUUAAGUCUAGUUUAAGCCCCUUAACACUCUGGUAUGUUUGCAGGAAAAAACGUAUCAAGCAACACUGGCAUUAUUAAUCAAUAGCAGUUCAGAAUUUUCUGAUGAGGCUCAAAUAAGUCAGCAUUGCCUCCUCAAGUUGCCAACAAUUAUUUUUAUAACCUCAAUGGUGUAAUAAAGUGGCAUCAUAGCAAUAAGUAUAUAUUUGAAUAAAAUCUAGCCUGAAGGAGGUCUAGUUGAAAAUGCAAA